UUCCUUGUACAGACUACAAAAUCAUUGAAAUCGGAAUCAAAUUCUAAAAUAUUACAAUAUUUGCUCACCCACCUCAACAGUUGUUCAUGAUCCCGUAUCAAUCUGACUAAAAAUUCACAAUCCUCGUAAUGGUUCUGCCUGCUGGGAUUAUAAGAUGCCAGCUUCCUGCCCAGAUGGGCAAAGUGCAUGCAAAGCUGGCCAGAGAAGCAUAUCAUCCAGAUGUCGGUGCCGAGUUUUAUAUUCAUUGUAGAGUGACUGAAUAUAAAUUCUAUACACUGACUUAAGGCAUAAGUCAUUGGAGACGUUACCUCAAAUCGUUUCAUGGGGAAUGUGCUCAGAUAGAGAAAUAUGACCUCACUGUCUGAAGUAUAUCGCUGAUAUAAAUACAUAAGGAUCGCCUGGAUGAUGGGACCAAGAACCACUACACCGACUACGAAAUAAUAUAUAUAUAUUUCACAACGCGCAAUGAAUGGCCAGUAAAACUCAUUGACUCGAUACUCUUUGCGCGUUUUGCCUUCUUUCGGAUAGAGAGCACGCAACUUGUCAUUCAAUUCUCGUAGGUGUCGACGAUGGUGCAUAAAUAACGAGAACUUAACAUCCGCAUUGAGUACAAUGAAAUAGAUAAUCGCGAAUCGCAUGAUGGCAUCUGCACUUCCAGCUAGUGUAUCCCACUCAAUGAUAUCCUGUCUGUUUGUGUUUUUCCUCAUCCUGGUUGCCUGCAGUGCGCAACGUCAGUACAAUCCGUAUCUGAACAAUCCUCGCUAUAGAGAUACGUACUACAAGAAUCGUGACUUGUACAAUCAGCAACGUUACUACGACAACUUCUAUAAAAAGUACAACCCAAACAUUGAAAAUGGUGUUGCACGUGCCGUCGAACAAUCGAAUGAACCCAACCAUGGUUCCGGCGAUUAUUCCUAUAGUUACGAGACUGAGAAUGGUAUACAUGGGGAGGAGCGUGGUUUGCCUUUUAAAAAUGACAAGGGAGAGCAGGAGGAGCAAGUUUAUGGGGCCUAUUCGUACAUAUCACCCGAAGGCAUUCGUGUCAGUGUCAAAUAUGUCGCGGAUGCUAACGGUUUUCGUCCCAUUAUUACCUAUGAUGGUCCAAAUGCUGCUUUUUAUGCUAACCAACCAGCGCCUGCAAAUGUGGUCUACACAAAGCACUAGAAACAUGUAUGCUAUACAAAUUAUAGGGCACUGCAAUUAACUAAACUUUAAAUAAAACAAAAAUUUAAAAAGACAAUUCUUAUAUCUUCAAUAAUCCACUAGCAACCAAGU